CCACACGAGACUCACACCACCAAUUACGGACACGACGCGUUUUCUAUACGAAAAAUCUGAUUGAGAUCGUGUAAGAAACGGGCUGGUUCGUGUUUGUUGCCGAGCAAUCCACGCGAUUUCUACGACCUUUACCUACGAUACCACCCAGUUUUCCCUUUGUCGACGUUACUCUGGUAGUACACUUCGACCGGAUCAACAUCAAAAACGCGUUCUGAGACGACUAUGAGCUCUGUCCGAGAAUCACAGCAGCUCGAACCACCAUUCACACCACAAUCAGCUUCAGCAACCAACUGUCAAUCCUCCUCCGGACUAUUACCAUCCGCAAUGUCUCCACCACAAGUCACCCCACCACCUUCUAUGAAGCGUCCGUUGGGCGAUAUUUCGAAUGUUCCUGUUUAUAAGAUCAAUGGAUCGUCUGCUGGGAAGACGGUUGAUCGGGAUGGAUUUACGACGCCGGAUCAUCCGAGCGCGUGGAAGAAGCAGAGGCUGAGUAUGGGCGGCGCGUCGCAACAGUCGAAUGCGAGUACUGAACGUAGUUCGGGGCCGAAGAAGACUGUUGAGGAGUUGGCGAAGCAGGAAGAGGAAGAUCAGGUUUGGCCGAGUGAUGUUGAGGAGGCCUUUAUGCAGGCUAUCAAGAAAAUCCCCAAGCUUGGACGACGCAAGAUCUCUGUCAAUGGCAAGCCUUGCGGAAGAAACGAGUUGAUUGCCGACUACAUCUUCCGCCGUACUGGCAAGAUCAGGAGCAGGAAGCAAGUGUCGAGUCAUUUGCAGGUUUUGAAACACAUGAAGAGGGAUGAUCCUGAGUUCAUGAGCCUCGUCUGCGACACGACCCCAGGCAAUGAGCAAGACGGUGACUACGACGACGACGGCAUGGGCGAAACACCCCUCAACGGCGUCCAUCAUAAACCCUUCAUGGGCACCAAACCUCGCUCCGUUUCAAACCCCAGCCCAACCCCGCAAAACCUCCAACAAAUGCCCCCCCACUUCUUUGCCCAACCCGGUCAACCCGCCUCCCUCAUCGCCCGCGGCCUUUUCAAACCCACCGCAUUCUGCGUAUGGUCUGCAACUGACGAACCUCAAGGAAGGGAACAAGUCGUUCACAUGUUUACACGUCUCCGCUCGGGACUCGCGCCCACGCCAUUAGAGAGUUUGAGCAAUUGGACGGUGAGGUUUCCGUAUUUGGCGGAUUCGUUGUACAAGUAUGGACAGAUCCCUGAGCAGAUCUUGCAUUUCAGGGCAGGGAUUGCGUUGCCGGAGGUGCAGGCUGCGGAGUCGGUGUUGAGGACGCAUCUGAGUUUGUUGUGUGAUGCUGCACUCGCUCAGAGUCAUCAAUGGGGAUGCACGACGAAGAUUUAUACGAUGGGGACGAAGGUGUUGGAGCUGAGGCAGGAUGUGUUGUUGAAUCAGAGUCAAGUUGUGGGAAAGACGAAGAUUGGUGUUCCCUUUGCGACGGACUUCUGGGCGGCGUUCUUGACUGGGUUGGCGACAAUUCAGGGACAUGUGAAGACGCAGGCCAUUGACGAGCGCGAGAGGAGGAAGAAGGAGAGGGAGUCAUCUACCGCUGUUGGUGGGAUCUCGAUCGUCCAGGAGUUGAUGGGUGUUUCGAAUGUUGAGGAUGGAAGGGCGCCGAAGAUCAUCAUGUUGGUUUGGGAGUUGGAGAAGGAGGAGCCUGGGAGGGCUCCGGGACAAACAAUGUGGAGGGAAGUUGUCGUACCGGCUAGUCUGAGGCCCCAGCCGCAGCAAACCACUAUGCAGGCUCCGUUGUUAAGGCCUAGCCCUUCUCAACCGGGGUUGUACUCUGGCAACAUGAUGAGUGACCCAAAGAGGGGAUUGGGUAUGGGUAUCUACGCGGACGAAGCUGGCGUUGGCGGGUACGAUUUCUUGGCUCCGCAGACUAUCCCGCAAUCGGCCUCCUACAACAUGACGCCCAUGUCUGCUCUUGGACCCCAGCACGCGAGUUAUCAGCAGCAGUUGCAGAGUUCCCCGUUGGCGUCGUAUGGGCAGAACCAGUAUAUGCAGCAAGCGUAUGCUAGCGUUCCUAUGCAGUCCCCGACGAUGAUGAGGAGUAUGAGUACGCCGUUGCCUGCGCCGUACCAGCAUCAUCAUAUGCCCGGCCAUGGCCAGCCUAUGCAGAAUCCUAUGCAGCAGCAGUUGUUGAUGCAGCAGAUGCAGAUGCAGGGUGGUUUGCAAAAGUUGCCUGGGAAUGUGACGGUCCCUAGUCAGUCCCAGUUCCUCGCUCCUGGAGUUGUCCCUGUGCCGACGCGGAGGAAUCGUCCUUCGGGAUUGGUGGAUGUUUUUGCGGAUGAUGAUGAUGAGCAGCAGGUGCAGGAGAAGGCUGGGGAUAACAGUGAUGAUGAGGAUGCUGGCAUGAUGGCUGGAUUGCCGCCCAAGAUGGCACUGUUCCUGACGCCGGCAAAGAUUGCGGCCAAGAGGCAGGAGCAGUUUGUUCUUGAGAAGCAGGCCUUGGAGCAGCACCACCAGCAACAACAACAACAGCAAUUCAUGGGACACGGGAUGUACGCUACGGAGCAGGAUCGGGAGAACGUUGAUGCGAGUCAGGAGAGCUUCUUUGACCCGAAUUUGUUUGAGCACCACGAGGAGGAGGGCAGUGAUGAUGAGGAGGGAUUAGGUUUCUAAGUAAGCUUGCUGGCCAAGCUUCGGGAGACAAAAUGAGAAGUGUUUUUGGAGUUUACUAUCAGUUGGUACUUAGCAUAGCUAUACGGAUCUUUGACUUCUGUAACCUG